AGGAUGGCAGGCUGCGUGGGCCUUGCGCACGUGACGCUACGCGCCCGAGAGGGGCAGACGCGACGCGGCGCGGCGGCGUGAUGCUCUCUCCAUGCUGUGCGCUUGGCAGCGCUCCACCAUCAUCGCCGGCGCGCCUGUGCUCAAGACGCAAGACAGGGCUCGCAGAAGGGCGCAGCACCAGCGCAAGCCGCCGCGAGAUGGCACAGGGCGGGCCGUCACGCCUGCCGCGCCGACCGCGGGCGUCGGCUGGCCCGACGGGCUCGGGCAGCAGCGGCGAGGCGGGCAAGGAUGCCUGUCUCUUCCCUGCCCUCGUCGCAGCGGCACUCGGAGGACCCGCAGACCAUAUCUCCAACUACGACGUGCUUGACACGCUGCCCAGCUCCAGCAGCGCCACGCUGCAGCUUGCAAGGCCUGUGCUGGGACCAGCAGCGCGCCGCAGCGGCAGCAGCACACAGCGAGUGGUGCUCAAGAUGCUGCGCGUGCCCUGUGCCGGCGGUCAGGCGGCCAGUGCCGCCCAACGAGCGCUUCGAGAGGCAGAGAUGAUGCGUGCGCUGCCGGCGUCGGCGCAUCUGCUCGAGCUGCUCAGCGUGUUCUGCAUGCCCUCUGCAGAUGGCAGCGCACAUGUCCUAGUGCUUGUGCUGCCAUACUACCCGCACGGUAGUCUAGCCGACGAGCUGGGCCUGCGCAUGCGACGGCAGCCUGCACGGCCUUACAGCGAGGACGAGGUGCGCACCGUGCUGCGCGACCUCGCACAUGCACUCGCCGUGGCGCACGACGCCCGCAUCGUUCAUCGCGACGUCAAGCCCGAGAACGUGCUGCGUGCGGAUGAUGGCCAUCUGCUCCUUGCCGACUUUGGCUUGGCCACGAGGAUAGACACCUUGCCGCAGGGCAAGCAAAAGGCGCGGGCAGAGGAGGAGCGCGAUGACACGCUCUGCGGCACGCCGCUCUAUCUCAGUCCGUGAGUGUCUUUGUCGCCCAGGGCUGACCUCGCUAACCCUCUUGGCAGCGAGACGACGACGCAACGGCGAACAGGUCCACACGUGGACAUCUGGGCA